CCUUUUUUUUCUCCCUAAAAAAUUGCCCCUGGUUUCCUUCAUAUAUAUAUAUUUUUUUAACAUUGGUUUCUUUCAUAUUUUUGAUAUCAUCAUCUAUAUAUUUAAUAUAUCUAUAUAUCUAUAAAUAUAUUGUUUUGGUAGAUAUAUAUCUAUAUAUACAUAUAUAGUCCAUAGACCAACUUCAGCUGAAUCUUGUUGGGAAGCAUUGUUAGGUAGCUAAAGUGUGAUCAUUUGGUUUGUUCUAUUUUAUGAUUAGUGGGGUUUGAUUGGUUGAUAUAUAUAUAUAUAUUCAAGAAUGGUUGAUCUUAGUGAUAAGGGGGGAUCAGAGGGUGAAGAGGAUAUGGGUAGCAGGAAGAAGGAGGAAGAGGAGAAGGGAGCCGUAGGAUCAAUAGAAUCGGACGGCUGUAAUGAUAUCAGGACAUGUGUUGAUUGUGGGACCACUAAAAGCCCUCUCUGGAGAGGGGGUCCUGCUGGUCCUAAGACUUUAUGCAAUGCUUGUGGGAUCAGAAGUAGAAAAAAGAGAAGAGCACUUUCAGGUGGAACAAAAGAUGAAAAAAAACAAAAGAAAACAACAACCAACAUUUCUGCCACAAAUACAUGUGGUGGAAAUAGUCAAACUGGUGGUUUGACCAUUAGUAGAAGGGACUAUAUGGGUGAUCUUUGUUUAAAGAAAAAACUUAUGGCACUUGGUAAAGAAGUUGUGUUGCAAAGACCAAGAUCCACCAUUAGAAAACAGAGGAAGAUAGGUGAAGAAGAACAAGCUGCACUUUUGUUAAUGGCUUUAUCUUGUGGCUCAGCUUAUGCGUGAUUUUAACUGAAUUAACAGAUUGAUUAGGUAGUUUUGUAAUGUCGCGUUUUUGGUUUAUAGGUUGAGAAUCAAGAAAAGAUUAACUUAAUUUGAAUGAGGUUAUCUACUUCUCUUUUAACAAGAAAGAUGUGCAUCUUCUUAGGUUGUUUACUUGAUUCUUGAUUAAUGAAAAUCUAUGUUUAUGAUUGUCUUUUUUGAAUUA